GAGCGGCAGCGCGGCAGAGCGGCAGAGAUCCCGGUCGGUCGUGUUCCAAUGCUGGGAGAAACAGGGACCGCGGGCUGCGGGGAGAAGGCUGCAGGGCUGCCGGGGCCGACGAGCCAGGCGCACCGCCGGGAGGAGGCGGCUGCAGGCGGCGCAGGGUGCCGUGUCUCCGGCCUGGUCAGCUGGAGGCAGAGACCGGGCAGGACUUCAGCCGUGUUCGCUGCGGCCAACGCGGCGCUCUGGUUCGUGGCCUUCAGCUCCUUCCGGACCUUCAGCCUCCUGGCCGUCCUGCUGGGUCUGCUGGUCGUCAUGGUGGCCGCCAGAGACUUCGCUUGGUCCAGAUCCAAAGGAGCUCACUUGUGGCGCAGCAUGACGGCAAGCUGGGAGAUCAUUGACUCAGGUCAGGACAGCCGGUCUGGGACUGGAUCUCAGCUCAGCAACUCCCUCAAACUCUUCCUCCAGGAGACAUCAGCUUUCAAACAGCAAAACCCUGGCAAGUUUUGCCUGCUGGUUUGCAGUUUAUGCACUUUCUUUGCUGUCUUAGGACGCUACAUUCCAGGGAUUGUUAUCUCAUAUAUUCUUGUGCUAGGCAUUUUCCUGUGGCCUCUGAUCUCAUUUCACGAGGUUGGUUUGUGGCUGAAGCCAGUUCUGCAGAAGCUGGACUUUGGCAUCGGGGAAUUCCUUCAGAAAAUCAAAGAGAACCAUGAGAAAAGACUCAUGCAGGCUCAGACUGAGAAGGAAGGCAUCGAGUCGGACCUCUCCUCCAUGUUUCCCAAGCUCGACUCCACAGCGUGUAAGGAAAUGUCUGUGUCGGACACAGAGGUGUCUGAUGUGACGUGGACGGACAACGGUACCUUUAACCUGUCAGAAGGACACACUCCUCAGACCGAGAACUCAGAGGACCUCGACAGAGAAGAGGCGUUCACUGGAGGCCUUCCAGAAUUUCCCUCACUCGACAACGGUACAACGACCAACGGUGACGAGGACGAUGACUUCAGCCUCGGCCUUCCCUCACCUCCACCUCAGCUGCUGCUCAAAUCCAAGCAUACACCGUCUCCUCACAAAGACCUACCCACCGAUAAAGCCCUGGAACUGGUCAACCAGAUGGCGGGCGACUUCAUUGCCGCUGCCGUCACAGCCGCCAUGCAAGAGAGAAUAGAAGCAGCGAUCGGCCUCACAGCGCCAAGCUCCGACUCAGAGCGGUCAAGACUCCCAGAUACCACCAGGCUGCUGGAGCUGGCCGAGGAGUCGGACAGCGAGGUGGAGGACUUUGAGCUGCUGGACCAGUCCGAGCUGGAGCAACUGGAGGGGGAGCUGGGGCUGGGGGAGGAGAAGGUCCAGGCCACAGAGGAGGAUCAGUCCACGAGUGAUAAGCCAGCCUCUCCUGGAUUCUUCUCUCAACUCCUGAGACGCCACUGAUUGAUGAAGAGUACAAUCGGCAGGGGGAGGGGGGGGUGUUCUGGUCACAUGAGACUGUUUGGGGUUGUGAGAAAAUAAUUUUUCCAUUAUAGUUUUUUUCCUGUAGAGUUAACAUCAACCAUUCAAAACAAUUUGUCAAAAAAAAAAUGCAUGCGAAAGUUACUUUAAUCAGAUCAUCUCAAACUAACCCCGAGGUCAGACUGCACGAUAUCAGCCAGAUAAUAGCCCGACCCGACAGAUGUCGUGACCAAAAAUGGCCACUGGGUGCCACUAUUGCUCGUUUUAUCGUUGCGGAUUGUGUGAUAGAGGAAAAAACAACUGAUGAGGCACCUGGGACACCACACAACGUCCCAAAGAUAAAAUACAACUGCGAGGUGUGAGCGUGUCACAAAUUGAAAAUAAUGAAAUGUGAAACUCGGAGGAGGGCUUUUGCCUGUCCUAUCUGCACAUGUCACUAUUUAUUUAAUUAUCUAUUUAUUUUUUGCAACAUUAGUUUGGUCCCUUGUUGUGAACCCCCGACAGUUUACUGUUCAACAGUUGUACUGUUAGCCUACUGGUCCAUAAUGGUCCAUGACCAGUAAGAUAUACGAACAUAUCGUGUAGUCUGAUCCGAUUUGAGGACUUUAGGGCUGUUGGUUCUAACCAAUUUACUGUAGUUACAUUUGUCUUUUCAAAAGCAAUUUUUAUCACCUAAUCACAAUUUUGAGAUCAAUGAAGCAUUUAUAAAAAAGUAUAUAAACAUUUUUAUUUGUGGACAACUAUGACUAUAAUAGCAGGGUUUUAACGGUUCUGAAGCCGAGACCGAAACUGCAACACAAACAUCCACAAUGUAUAACUGAUAGAAUUAAACAAUUAGCAAUUAAAAUUAAAUUAAUAUUUCAUAUUCUAUACUGAAAUCAAAUAUGAAUAACGGCUGUGUUGUAUUGUUUCAUCAAUCAUUCAUUAUCUGUUUAUGCACUUAAAAUGUCUCUGCUUACACCUAAACUACAGUGUGUUAUAAACCGUUUAUUAACUAUAUAAUGCUUAUAAAUGCUUAUAAUACGUUUGUCUCUGGAUUAUUCACAAACUAUUCAAACUGGUAUUGAUCUUCUCAACAACUCAAUGCAAUGAGUAACAACAUUUCCUAAAAUAGCGAACAGUUCAAACUUCCCAAAAAUAUUAAACUCCUACAUUGAAUAGGUAAAAACACAGGUUGAAAAAAAAAUGCAUUGAGAAGAGCAAUAUAACUGCAGCAAAAUGCAUUUUUCACCAGAGACCUGAGGUGUUAUUUAGAGUAAAACAAUUAGAAAGCAUCCUGAUAUAUAAUAUUAAUGUAUAUUACAUCUGACUGCCUUUAGUUUCAAGACUCUCCAGAGUAGCCGGCUCACAACAUAACACUCACUCUGACAUUAACAUUGAUUCAUCUAACUACAUUACCCAGAAUUCAACAGGAAUUUGUAGACAAUCACUUGGCAAUCAAAUCACCUUUAACGCUCAAAAUAUUUACUACUUAUAUACUGGUUGGAUAGUUGACAAUGAGUAUUUAAACAUAGGAAACCUUUGUUUUAUUUCAUUUUUUUUUUAAAUUUUAUAUGUAAGUUAUUUUUCAUCAAAUGUAUAACAACAUGCAGCAGUUCUCAAAUACUAUGCAUGAAAAAUUAAAUGUUGUGACAUUAAAAUAUUUAAACAUUAAAAAACAUUUUACUUCCAGUGCUUUCAGGAAUUUUCACAUGGCUCAUUGUGGUCGUCAGUACGCAUAGGGGAAAAAAUCUAUUUGCAUUUUGGUCAUCCUCUAAAUCAAAAUUGAAAGUUUUUGGCUAUAGAGUUACUUUGCUAGAAAGCUACUGCACCAAUCUCACAAUGAAGAAGGAGUUCCAUCCUCAGGAGCAUCGUGAUAAAUAAUCUGAUAAUAUAAGCAACCAAGCGACCCCAUGAAGACCUCUCUUCCUCACAUCGUACGGUGAUCCAAAAAAGUCAAAAUAAAGUUUUAGUGCUGAAAGUUAAAUGUUACGAGAUGGCUUAUUUCCUUUUUGCACCUUAGUUAUGAUUUAACGAUGCAUCCAUGUAGAGCAGUCUGCUGUGUCGAGCAUCAAUGAUGGAUUCACAGGAUGAAAACGAAGAAUGAUUGGAAUGUUUAAUGAAAAAUGCCUUGUAUAUUAAAAUACAUUGUUUUCAUGAUAAAGACACACAGCAUUGUGUAAUGUAUCCUCUUGAAUGAAUCAUGUAUUGCCUUGUAUUAGCAUAAAUCUAACAAUGACAUAUUUGUUUAUCAGUGCCUAAGAGGACUUUGUAGUGGCUGCAGUUCAUUUCUAGCUCUCAUGUGAUAAAUGUAUAAGACAAAGAAUAUUCCAACUUCUGAAUAAGAGUUCAUGCAGGUUCAGGCUGCACUAAAUAAGUACAUUUUUUAAUAUUUAGUUAACUGAUAGAAUGAUUAAUGUUUUUAGUUAUUUUCCGGCGGUAUCGUGGUGGCUUCCAUGUAUUUGUCUAAAAAAUGAAAAGUCCUUUGAACUUAGUUCCAAAGAAAUGCAUUAAAAAAAUGUGCUUUUAUGUAAUUAAACUCAAUAAAAUGUUG